GAGAGAGUGUGUGUGAGGGAAAAGAGGAAAGCCGUCAGUAGAAUGGAUAUGUGCCCUCUCUCCUCCACGCUUUCUUCUCCUUCUUCUUCUUCUCUGUCUCAUCUGUGUCUUUCUUCACCCUCCUCUGCCAGUGUUGCACCCUGGGCACCCUCAGUGCCGGCCCUCAGGGGAAAGGAGACACGUCGGGCGGACGCACAGCUGCAAACUGAACUCCAAUGUCAGCAGGGGAUCAGAAGAAUGGUGGGGACAAACCAGAAGACAUGAUGCCAGUGGCAAAGGUAUGGCCAGAGGUGGAGAGGGCCGAGUGUUUGGCCCGUGGUGCUGCCCUGAAGUGGGCAUCAGGUGUUUUCUGUCGGCCUGAGCAUCUGGAGCGACUGAGCCAGUACAAGAAGAGAGAGAGUCAGAGAACUGCCUCCAUUCACACCAGACUGAAGUCCAUGGUUCAGUCGUACCUGGAGGGGGUAGGCUGGGGUCUGGAGCAGCUCCGGGAGGCCAGGGUCGAGCUGAAGGAGGUGUCACAUGCUUUGAAGAAAGCAGGACUGGAGUCUGAUCGAAACGCAGAGGGGGUGAAGUCUCUGGAGAGGCUGAGAGAAGCAUCUGUCAACCACUGUCAGCUCCUCGCGGCCGUUAGCAACCUGCCACGACUUUACUCUGUGCGUAGCAUGGUGUUGGAGACUGAGCGUCUAGUGGAGUCCAGGCGACUCCUGGAAGCCCACGCCCGGUUGAUGGAUCUGGAGCGCUGGCAGGAUGACAUCCUUUGGCAGCUCCAUGGAACUGCUGGGACAGCAGGAAGUGCACUCAGCACAGAAGACCAGGAGCUAGUAGCCAAAUAUUUCUCUGGUGUUGGGCAGCUGGUGGACGCCCUGGGUAAGGAGCUGUGGGCGGUGGUGAGCAGUGCUCUGGCUCUGGCCCGACAAAACCCCACACCGUUUGUGUCAGCGGUGAGGAUAGUGGAGCGGGAGGAGGCCCUGGACCAAGCCUUACUGGAGGAGAGAGGGGGGACCAGAGGCAACAGCAGGCCGCUGCCCCCAGGACGCCCUCGCUGCUGGAGGGCAUGCUUCUUCCAGGUACUAGAGGAGGCCGUCUCUGCACGGUUUCGCAGUGUUUCCUACCUGCACACACGUGGUCCAGGUCUAGCAGGCCACCUCUCUGCUCUCCAACACGCUAUCAUGGCUGACCUGGCCACUGUACGCCACCUGCUGGAGCACUGCGUCCCACCACACUACCAGUUAACAGGAGCCUACCUGAAAGCCAGCCACCGCUGUUUACAUGCUCACCUGGCACAGGUUAGCAGCUGGGACUUGGAAAGUGGUGAAAUCUUUGCAGUGCUCAACUGGGUGCUACACAUCUACAACAGCCCAGACAUGAUGGGUCAUCCAGAGCUGGUGACCGAGAUGGAGAGAGUAGAACUAGGACCGCUCAUCUCCACUGAGGGACUGGAGCAGCUGCAGAACAAAUACGUGCAGAGUGUUCGGAAAAGUGUAUCAGAGUGGAUGCACAAAGCUCUACAGGUGGAGCUGCAAGACUGGCAGAGAGACCAGGAGCCAGAUACAGACCAUGAAGGUUUCUACCAAACCAGCCUGCCCACUAUCAUCACACAGAUGCUUGAGGAGAACGCCCGGGUGGCUCUGAUGAUUGGAGAAUCCCUACGAGAUCAGACGAUACAGAUGGGACUGUAUGAGAUGGAGAACCUCCUGAACAGGUUUCGAGAAGCUCUGGUAGAGUUCGGGAAGGAGCAUCGCAGGGAUCCGAGCAACAACAAAAACAAGUUCUACCUCCACUAUCUGCUGGCCUCCAUCAGCAACUGCAUCAUCCUCAAAAAGUCCACAGAGAGCCUGCAGCAGCAGCAAUCAUCCCGGUCGGCAGGACAGUUGUCUCGGACUCCUCCCAACCCUCUGGCAGCUCUGGACCGGGCAGUGAGACGGGCGUGUCGUCUGGUGAUGGAUCAGCUCCUGCUGGACCUUAAACCUUUCCUUCCAGCCCUGCUAACCCGACCCUGGCUGGUCCAGGGAGACCCCACCCCUAAACUCUGCCACGUCCUGGAGCGCCACCUGGAGCUGUACGGCCGUGUUCGACCACCCUGCAGACAGCGCCUGCAAGAGGAGGCCCAGUGGCUGAUGGUGGUCGAGUAUGUCAGGGCUCUGAUGCAGAAGAGGCUGGUGUGUCGCAAUGCUGAGGAAAGGAGGCAGCUCGCUCAGCAGAUGGUUCAGGACGACCAGCAGUUUAGAGAAAUCUUCCACGGCCUGGAAGGUGAAGGGUCAGUACCUGAAGUGAAUCCUUUGGCCUUACUACCUGUCCUGGCUGACUUUAUUCAGCUGGGGGACUCUGGCAUGCUCACUCUGGAAGUUUCUGGACUCGCAACCAAAUACCCUGACAUCAGUGACGAGCAUGUGUCUGUACUGCUGGACAUCCGUGGGGAUGUCUCCAGGGACGUCAGAGGGGCUGUAAUGGAAUCACUGGAGCAGAGCGCCCCCCCUCUGCCUGCAGGAUAUCGACCCAUCUUCACUGACAUCCUGGUGCCUCACUCCACCAUGGCCUUCUGCCUGCCCACUGCCAAGUGUGCAUGACUGGGGCUGAAAACUGUGGCCUGAACUCAGAUUUUCACAUUAAAGACAGGUGGAGGUGGAUCUGUUUCUCAGAUCAUCAAGCCAGAUGCCCACAGCUCGUUGGAGCAAACAAACGAACACUGGUGAAUCUGCUCCUGUUGUGCUCAAGUUACACUGACGGAUGGCCAGUCUGUGAUCAAGUCUGUCACUCAUUAUUUAUCCAAAGUGCAUCAGCUGAGUUUUUUCCUGCUUCACACUCACAGUAUUACACGUUAUUCAUUCUGGGAGCUGCCCAGUACCACGACAUUGUGCUCUUUUGUUGCCCAAUGAAGUAGAUUAAGGGUUCAGGGCCUUGCCCAAGGGUCGUUAACGAUACAUGUUAAGUGAGGGGAGAGUGACACUUUUUCGUUUCCUUCACCUACAGCUUAACAGGGCUUUGAGCAGGUGACUUGAUGAUCUAACUUCAUUUGAAACUCAUUUGCCUGGUACAAUUCUGAAUCUGUAUGCCACUACAGCUAAAAUGGUUAUAAGUUGUUGUCUUGUGUCUUGGCGAUUUAUGCCACAGAUUUAACCAGACGUGGACAUUAAAGCUGCGUGAGCAGCUUUAAACAACAGGCUCAAAUGUUUGACACUGGCUUCUUUUCUUUGCACACAGCCCUCUUUAUAUGUGCCAUCUUGGCCGUUGCAUGAUACUAUCAAAUGGAUCAUGCCGUUUUAAAAGGAUGAUUCCCUAUUAAAAUAUUUCAUUGACAGUACUUUCUACUGAACAACUGCUUUAAAUGCCUUCAGCAACAUUCCUUUCACCAUCACUGUAUUUGGGUGGCAGCAGACAUUUUAGUGGCAGAUAUCUCACAAAACCAAAAUUAUUCACAUGGCUACAUGUUAUGGCUAAGAUGUUUGUGUGUGUAUGUGUGACUCAGGUGAACUGACACAUUAAGUGGCAUCCAUCACAUAACACAAUUGCACCUAUUGGAGAUAAUUAUUCAGGGAUGUAUGACACCUUCCUGAAGAAACAAACCAUUGGAUUUUGAAUUGGCAAAUCAAUUUGUGUAUAUGAUGCAGUGUUUAUUUCAUGCAGAGCUUAGGAGUCAAUGGUUUGAAAUUACAUCUAGAUAAAAUCUGAUUUCUGGUAUAUUCAUUGAAAAGCCAAACAAUAAAAAGACACCAUGAAGCAUCUGAAGGAUUUUGCCAUAUGUGACAGACAACAGUAGAUUGAUCAGUUACAACAUAAAGUGUCUGACUUUUAGAAUAUGAAGAGCAUUUUAUUAAAGCACCAUCACAUUACAGUCUAAGGCUAAACAAGGGUUUUCAGUGAGGGCUCUUGGACUGUGACCCAUCCCACUGGAGGAGCUCAGACUGCUGUAAUUACAUCUAAAUCACCUUUGAAAUCAACUUGUCAUUAACUUGGCUUCAUGUAUUAUUGUCAUUUCUUAAAAAUGUGUCCAGUUUAUCUUGUAUUGAUGUUCAUAUUGGGUGUUUUUAGUCAGUUUUUUAUGUAUUUAUUGUAUUUAUGUAUGACUUUUCUGCAAUGUUUCCUGUUGUUGUUGCAAAGGAUGUUCCCCUUGUUCUGGUUCAAUGCCAGCCUCUAAAGCACACUGUAAACUCUGUCACAUAAAUGCUAAAAUAAAUGCUUUUUAAAGUAUA